AUGUCCUCUCUCCAGCAAACCCUAAUUCCUCUCCGCCCGAAGCUCCACCACUCGUUUUACGCGACCGCACGGAGUCCCCUCCCUAAUCUCAGUGUCCGAUUCACUCGCCGAGGCGGCGGCGGCGGGUUGAGAAUGUCAUCGCCGGUCUCUGAAAGCUACGCGACGGCGUUGGCUGACGUGGCGAAGGCGAACGACACUCUGGAAUCGACCUGCUACGACGUGGAGAAGCUGGGGAAGAUGUUCGCGUCGGACCCGGAGGUUCUGUGCUUGUUCGUGAACCCGACGGUGGAGCUUCAGAAGAAGCGGGAGGUGGUCGACCUGAUCUCCGAGUCCUUGUCGCUGCUUCCCCACACGGCCAGCUUCUUGAACGUACUGAUCGAUUCGAGUCGGAUGGAACUAGUUAAAGACAUCAUCAAGGAGUUCGAAGCGGUUUACAACAAGAUGACGGAGACGGAGCUCGCGGUUGUGAAGUCGGUGGUGAAGCUUGAUUCUCAGCAUCUAGCUCAGAUCGCGAAGCAUUUGCAGAAACUCACCGGGGCUAAGAUCGUCAGGAUCAGAACGGUGAUUGAUCCGAGCCUCGUCGCUGGAUUCACAAUCCGGUACGGUUGUUCGGGUUCCAAGCUUAUCGAUAUGAGCGUCAAGAAGCAGCUCGAGGAUAUCACCUCUCAGCUACAAUUCUCGGGUUCAAGCUUUUGA